UGAUGCAGGAAACAACGACCGUGUAGUGAUUCAGGAACUCUUGAAGACAGUAGCACAAUCCCAGCAGCUUGAGACGAGCACUCAACGAGAUUUUAAAGUGGUGCUGUUAACAGAAGUCGACAAACUCACUAAAGAUGCUCAGCAUGCUUUGCGAAGAACAAUGGAGAAGUACAUGGCGACCUGCAGGUUGAUCCUGUGCUGCAACUCCAUGUCAAAAAUUAUAGGACCUAUUCAGAGCAGAUGCCUGGCUGUACGAGUGCCUGCUCCCAGCAUUGAAGAUAUCUGCCAUGUCUUGUCCACUGUGUGUAAGAAAGAAGGCCUGACUCUUCCGCAGGAACUGGCUCAAAGGCUUGCAGAGAAAUCCGGCAGGAAUCUUCGGAAAGCACUACUUAUGUGUGAGUCCUGCAGAGUACAACAGUAUCCUUUUACUGCUGAUCAGGACAUUCCUGAGAUGGACUGGGAAGUUUAUUUGAGAGAAACUGCAAAUGCUAUUGUUAGUCAACAGUCACCACAAAGGCUUUUAGAGGUCCGCGGACGGCUUUAUGAACUCCUGACACACUGCAUUCCUCCUGAGAUUAUAAUGAAGGGCCUCCUGACAGAACUUCUAAGUAACUGUGAUGGACAACUGAAAGGAGAAGUUGCACAGAUGGCAGCCUUCUAUGAACACCGCCUGCAACUGGGCAGCAAAUCCAUUUAUCAUCUGGAAGCAUUUGUUGCAAAAUUUAUGGCAAUUUACAAGAAAUUUAUGGAGGAUGGACUGGAUGACAUGAUGUUCUAACUGAUGCCAGAGUCAUACAUGGAAUGUUGU